CCAAGCGGAGCCUGGGAGAGUCAGAAGCAUAUCCGGUGUUGAAAGAGCUUGGUGGGCUCCGGAGAGGCGGUUAAGAAGGUGCUGGAUUCUGCCAUCCUGUAAGUGUGCUCUCUGGAGGAUGUAUUAUUCAUCAUGGUUAUGGAAGGCUGUGGUUGGCAGUGCAACCGCCUGCAAUAAUUGCACCAUCUAGAUCAAGAGGACCGGGAGCCCUGAGACUUAGAGAUGAGAGUAACAGCUUUAGUAGGUUCUGCAGCUUCUCAGAACUAACGAAUUGAGAGUGGAGGCUGUGUCCCCCAGACUCUGCCAUCAUGAACAUAUUUGAUCGGAAGAUCAAUUUUGAUGCGCUUUUAAAAUUUUCCCAUAUAACCCCUUCAACGCAGCAGCACCUGAAGAAGGUCUAUGCCAGUUUUGCCCUCUGUAUGUUUGUGGCGGCUGCAGGAGCUUAUUUCCAUGUGGUCACUCAUUUCAUUCAGGCUGGCCUGCUCUCUGCCCUGGGCUCCCUGGGAUUGAUGAUUUGGCUGAUGACAACACCUCAUAGCCAUGAAACUGAGCAAAAAAGACUGGGACUUCUUGCUGGAUUUGCUUUCCUUACAGGAGUUGGCCUGGGCCCUACUCUGGAGUUGUGCAUUGCCAUCAACCCCAGCAUCCUUCCCACUGCCUUCAUGGGCACAGCAAUGAUCUUCACCUGCUUUACCCUGAGUGCACUCUAUGCCAGGCGCCGGAGUUACCUCUUUUUGGGAGGUAUCCUGAUGUCAGCUAUGAGCCUGAUGCUCUUGUCUUCCCUGGGAAAUCUUUUCUUUGGCUCCGUUUGGCUUUUCCAGGCAAACCUGUAUUUGGGGCUGAUGGUCAUGUGUGGCUUUGUCCUUUUUGAUACUCAACUCAUUAUUGAAAAGGCUGAAAAUGGAGAUAAGGAUUAUAUCUGGCACUGCGUUGACCUCUUCUUAGACUUCGUUACUCUCUUCAGAAAACUCAUGAUGAUCCUGGCUAUGAAUGAGAAGGACAAGAAGAAAGAGAAAAAGUGAAGUGACCAUCCAGCCUUUCCCACUUUGGCUUCUUCUUCCUCCACCCUCUCAUUUUCUCUUUGCACACAUUACAGGUGGCGUGUUCUGUGAUAAUGAAAAGCAUCAGAAAAGCUUUUGUACUUCAUGGUUUUCUCUAUUUUGAAAUUUUUGAUCAAAAAACUGAUUAGCAGAAUAAUAGUUUAGAGUUUGGCUUCAUAUUCCUGGAGUUCUUCCCCACUUCCAUUUCUGCCAUCCCCAUCCCUAGCUUCUUCCUCUGCUUAGGCAGCUGGUUUACUGUGAUGAGGAGUGGGGUCUGCAGAGGGAGACAACUCCAGGGGUCUACUUUCCGACUGAGCUGUACCCAGUGGAUCUGAACUGUUGGACAGAGCCACUCAGCCCUUCCUUCCUCAGCACUGUUUGGUUGGUGCGCGGUUCCUAUGGGACUGGGCAGUGUGUUUUCCUUUGGAAGGAAGUUUGCUGGUUCCGUUGUUGCUCAGGUUCAUAAUACCUGAGCUUCUGUCUACCCGUACAAGGAAAAUGAAGAGCCUCCUCUUGUGGAUGCUUUGCCUCUUCUGAGCUGCCCAAGUCGCUGCUGGUCUGGCAAACACACCUUUCGGCCUUGCCAUCAUAAAAGGAAUGUGGAUUUAUGUGUGUUUUCUUUCCUGUCCCUUGUCUGACCCUCAGGAAAUCCGCCUGCUUUCCAUCCUUGGGGUGGGAGGACUUCAGUAAAGGGGAGACUAAUUCUUGUCAGGCACUUAUUAAAUGGCUGAUUAUGUAUGGCAAGGUAGAGCCUAGAAUUCCCAAAUUUCCUCUGGUCUUUAUUUUUUUAUUGGUUAUCACCUUUUUUACUGAGUGGCCUCUACCAGAUAGCUGUGAUUAAAGAUCCCAGGAGGGGAACAAUAGGGAAGCAUAAUAGUUGAGCCUCUGGGCGGUAAUUGUAACUAAUCCCGCCCAACAAACCUAGAUAAGGACUUGUUUGGAACAAAAUCCCCUCUACCAAGUGGUUCUUUGUUCAGAUCAACAGAAUGGGGCUGUGAUGACUUGGGAGGCAGCAUUCAUAGCAGUCCUCUGGUGCAUGUUUGUUAUCUCCUGUCUGGUAACGUCCCAUCUGAUAAUAGGUAGAGUCAAGCCAGAAAUUUGGGGCAGGAGAUAAAUGUUUAUUUUACACAUGCAUUUAGUUUUUGGCUGUGCACCUAUUUCCAUAAAUCUGCAGGUUUGUGGUUGCAAGUAGAGGGAGGGCAGUGCUAAUGGGCAUCACUAUCUCCUUCCCUGUGGGCUGCACAGUCAGCUGGCACAGAUGGGCGGACCUGGGAGCAUUGUGGCUCUGGCUACUCACAAGGCUUUCAGUGUAAGGGGACUGAGCCCUUGGAAGCUCCCUGCCAGUAGGAUACCAUUUUUGGCUCUGCCUGUUCACAGCCAGUACACAGUAUGGCCCAGGGGCUACUAAUUUGCAGUGCACUGUAUCCUUGUGCCAUCCCAUUAAAAGAUUUGUUCCCAGGCUGUGUGUAUUCCUAGGGUGGCAUGCUGCCCAGAAUGACUCACUUCCAUGGAGGAGGCUGCCCUCUGAUUUAACUGCUGCAUCCAGCCUCUGGCUUGAGAACUUACUAAAGGGACUUCCUUCCCAUUAAACUCCAAUAGCAACUCCAUAAAAUUGUUGAUUCUCUGCUAGGUCUGAGAAUCUGAGUUACAUCUCUUGAAGCCAAACUCCACCUCUUGUGCUUUUUUGCUUGGGAUAAAGGAGUUUUUCUUUAGAAACAGUGCCAAGAAUGACAAGAUAUAAAAAAACAAAAACAAAAAAACUACUUUUAAAGAAAAUGUCUAACAGGUUUUUAAAACAGUAAUCACUGUAAUUAUCACUUUCUUUUCUAGUUCCUUGGUUUUCAGCUCAGGCUGCAUUCUCUAACUCAUACUGUGAAGACAGAGGUGUUUUUGAUCAGAAAUAUAUGAAAUCUACAGUCUUAAUUUGUAAAAUAAAAAUAAUAAUAAAAUUCCUUAGCCUUUCCUGGU